GCGGAAGGCGAGGGAUUGGAGCCCGGGGCAUGGGUCUCCGCCCCGGCCGGAGCGUGAUCCCGCGGGCUGCCCGGCCCACCUUCGUGCGGGCACCUUCUGGCUGACCAGGAUCGUGCUCCUGAGAGCCCUCGCUUUCGUUUACUGUGAGUCUGCGGGGUCCGGGCCCUCAUUGGCGUUGCCCCUCCGCGCGCGCCCGCGAACCCCGCCGGUGACCCUGCCCCGUCCCGCCCCCAGGCAGCCCUUCGGGCAAGUAGACUGUGGAACCCCAUGUCAUACGCUCCCCCUCCGCGCCUCGCCUCCCACCCCAAGUCCGGGGUCUGGGUGAGCUCUGGACGGGGCGAAGGUCCUCGCAGGUGACUUAGCACUUGGCCCCCUGAUCCCGCGUCGACUCUCCCAGUCCCACCCGCCGGCCGUCGACUGCCAUCCGAGGCAGGCCCACAGACUGAGGGUGGUGAUGCAUGACCCCCUUGCAGGAGCUUGUCUGGUCUGGGGCUGCGCUGCAGAAUCCCCACUUCAUUAGCCCGAUGCGGGCUGGGGGCAGCAGAGACGUGGGCACUCAGCGCCCUGAACAUGACCAUCCCUGCCCAGGGCCCUGGAGCCACCUAACCGCAGAAGUAGUGUCUCCACUCAGUGCGCCUCCUAACCCGCCUGCGGGGUUCGAUGAGAACUACAACUGACCAGGCUGAGAACUGCUCAGCCCACAGUGAUGCAGGGCCUACCCGCCAGCCUGCGGAACCCAAGAGAAGUCAGUCCGCGCCCAGAACGUCCAUACCUGUCCUGGCAGCCAGUGCAGAGUCCACCUCCUCUACCCCAAUACCUACACCUAGAAGGAUACAAACGUCCAGAGCGCGGGAGCAAUAGUGGACACACAAGAACACACUUUAUAAGCCCAACCUACAGUCAUGACUAUAAAACCAAACUCAGACUCUCAAACAAACCUGGAAAUGAGGGGAGACCAGUAGGAAUGGGGAACAGUCCUAAGUCGAGAUGGCUUGGGUGAGUAGCAGCCAACUUCUAGAGGGAUCCAGAGGAUGCUGGUCCCUGACAGUGAUUAUGUGCUGUAGGCACUGAAUGGCUCAGUUUCAUCUCUAAUUCUCUUCCCUCACACAUGGAAGAACACAGAAUUACAGCUCUUUGGACAGUGGCAUUCUACAAACACUGAGGAUAAGGCUGAGCAUCCUGUUUCCUGGGAUAACUCAGGCCAUCUCCUGGUGCACAGAGGACACUCAGUCGUCACUGCAAGACUUUCUGGAGGGAUUCUGCUGCGGGAUUGCCAAUUUGGGCUUUCAGCUCAGCCUUCUCUCUCUUUUAAGUUACAUAAAAAAUAGUUCUUACAGUGUUGCUUUAUCCUCCACAGGAUUAAACAGUCAUUCUAAACGUUUGAAAUGUCACUUAGCAAAAGAUGAAAUCAAGACAAAGUUAAUCUGUGAGACUUUUAAUAGACCUUUAAAAGGGGAGCCUAUAACUGGGGAAAAACCCCAGUGGCUUCGUUUGCAGAGAGCACAGCUUUAUAAAACCUGGCUCAUGGCUUUCAAAUGAGUGGGCUGCCUUUGAUCUCCACGGGGAUUCUCUGUUCAACUGAGAAGAAAACAGUUUUGAGCCACUGGUUGUGGCAUUCUUGGUGGCUUUCCAUCAGAACAAGCAGCUGAUUGGAGACAGAGGACUGCUGCCCUGCAAAGCGUACCUGAAGAGUGUGCAGAAGCACUUCCAGGGGCGGGUCAGCUGGGACGCUGUGAGCUAUGCCCCGACCAUCCUUUGGCUGCUGGACUGGUCACACAUGGACUCUAACCUGGAUGCCCUCGCACUGCUUGGAUUGGGCAUCUCGUUUUUCAUCCUAGUCACCGGCUGUGCUAAUAUGGUUCUCAUGGCUGUGCUCUGGAUUCUCUACAUGUCCCUGGUCAACGUGGGACAGAUCUGGUAUUCAUUUGGAUGGGAGUCCCAGCUUCUGGAAACAGGGUUCCUGGGGAUUUUCUUGUGCCCUCUUUGGACUCUGUCUCGACUGCCCAGGAAGACACCCCCUCCCCAGAUCGUUCUGUGGGGCUUUCGGUGGCUGAUUUUCAGAAUCAUGCUCGGAGCAGGCCUGAUCAAGAUCCGGGGGGACCGAUGCUGGCAGGACCUCACCUGCAUGGACUUCCACUACGAGACACAGCCGGUGCCCAACCCCGUGGCCUACUUCCUGCACCGCUCCCCAUGGUGGGUCCAUCGCUUCGAGACACUCAGCAACCACUUCCUGGAGCUGGUGGUACCCUUCUUCAUCUUCCUCGGACGGCGGAUGUGCAUCCUCCAUGGCGCCCUGCAGAUCCUGUUCCAGGUGGUCCUUAUCAUCAGUGGGAAUCUGAGCUUCCUGAACUGGCUGACCAUCAUACCCAGUGUUGCCUGCUUCGAUGACGCCACCUUGGGGUUCUUAUUUCCUUCUGGGCCUGGCAGCCUCAAGAACCAAGUCCUGAAAAUGCAGAAGGAGAAAGCUCAAGGGGUCUGGCCCACAAUGAGAUACGGCCCAGGCUGCAUGGUACGGCAGACAGUCAACCUGGCACUAGGAGUCCUGGUCGCCUGGCUCAGCAUCCCCGUGGUCCUCAACUUGCUGAGCCCCAAGCAGGUCAUGAAUACCUCCUUCAGCCCCCUCCGAAUUGUCAACACAUAUGGAGCCUUUGGAAGCAUCACCAGGGAGCGCACAGAGGUCAUCCUCCAGGGCACAGCCAGCCCCAACGCCAGCGCACCCGAUGCUGUGUGGGAGGACUACGAGUUCAAGUGCAAGCCAGGUGACCUGAGGAGACGGCCAUGCCUUAUCUCCCCCUACCACUACCGCCUUGACUGGCUCAUGUGGUUUGCAGCCUUCCAGACCUAUGAGCAACACGAAUGGGUCAUCCACCUGGCAGGCAAGCUCCUGGCCAACGACGCCAAGGCCCUGUCCCUCCUGGCCCUCAACCCCUUCGCAGACAGGGCCCCCCCAAGGUGGGUCAGGGGAGAGCACUACAGGUACAAAUUCAGCCGCCCUGGGGGCCCUCACGCUGCCGAUGGAAAGUGGUGGAUCCGGAAGAGAAUCGGCCCCUACUUCCCUCCACUCAGCCUCCGGGACUUGAAGGGCUACUUUCGGUCACGGGAGUGGCCGUACCCAGAACUGGAAUAGAGAGCCCAAGGCCUGUGCACCAAGAAAUAAAAUGGGAAGACCUUGGCACACCA